UUGUAUAAAUUGUUUUUAUACAAUGUGAAAGUGGAAAAAAACAAAAACAAAGGUUAAUCAACUAAGAUAUAUUUGUUAUCUGUUAUUUCUUAUUUGGGUAUCGCGAUAAAUAAUGAUAAGAAUGAGUAAUUUUUAGUCUGUAAAUAUUUUUUGUUUGUUUAUCAAAAAAAUUACAAGUUACAUUUUUUAUUUAUUGAAGGAUCUUGUAUUUAACUUAUAUGUACUACUUGUAAUAUUGCGAUCUUGGUAUGAUUUUAAAAUUUAAAUUGAUCCAUUGCGAAAUAAUGCUAAUUAAAGAUCUAUUUGGUAAUAUAUGUAAACAAGAUUCAGUUCAAAAACAGAAUUAUCUAAAAAACUGUCCGGACUGUUAAAUUUCUAAUAUAUUGUUUAUAUAAAAAAGAGUGGGAUAUAAAACAUAGUAAUAAAAAAAAAAUAAUCGGCGAAAUAGAUAUAUUACACAAAACUGUUGUUACUUGUAUCUUUUUUAAUAUCUAUAUAAUACAUCGUUUUAGCGUUACAAUUCCUAGUUUUCUUCAGCUCUUUUCUUACAUGCGAUAGUUCUUAUCAGCGUUAACGUAAAUGAAGAAGUACUGUUUCGCUCACCGAUUAUUUUCCCGUAGUACCAUAAAGUAUAGUAUCAUGCGUAUGACGUAUAGUAUCACGCCAGCACUUGAAUCAGAAAGACACUUGAACGUUUAAACACCGUAGUGGGGAUCUGCAGUCCAGCAGUCGCUUUCAGUCACUUGUGGUAACAACAUCGUAUAUUAGCGCGGUACAUAUAGUAUUUCGAUCUUUGCUUGUGUACUUAGAUUCUGGCAAAAGAUUUUUAAAUAACAUUUUACAAUGGAUUUCUGGUCAAUAGUGUUAUCAUUAGGAAUCGGUGUCUUCGGAAUCCUUUAUCUUUUUAAACAAUUCAAUCUUUGGAAAAGACAUGAAGUUCUUUACAUACCGUUAAUAUCGGUAUUCGGCGGAAUGUUGUCUGUAAUAUUUCGUCAAGUAACAUUCGGCGAUAACUUGAAGAAGAUGUACAACUCCAAUCCGGAUGCAAAAUACAUUGGAAUGUAUCUCACGACAAAACCACUGUUUUUACUUCGUGAUCCAGAACUUAUAAAAGCUAUUCUAAUCAAGAACUUCGAAGUAUUUCCUAAUCGUCGCGGUUUCGGCGAUUUGAACGAGUCUUUAUUUUCGAAGAGUCUGUUCUCUCUGCAAGGAGAAAAAUGGCGGAAUGUGAGAAACUUGCUAAGUCCUUCUUUUACGUCCAGUAAAAUGAAGAAUAUGUUCAUUUUAAUGUCAGAAUGUGCGGCAGAUUUCGUUAAAUAUCUGUCAGAAUUACCAGUGAGUACCAGCGAAAUAAAUAUAAAAGACGCUUUUACUAAAUAUACAAACGACGUCAUUGCUACUUGUGCUUUCGGGAUCAAGAUCAAUUCUAUGAAAGAUCCGGAGAACAAAUUUUAUGUUUAUGGCAAAGAAGCAACCGAUUUCUCGGGACUUCGUGGUUUCAAGUUGUUAAUUUUCGGAACAUUACCGAUUCUCGGGAAAAUUCUAAAUCUCAAGAUUCUAAGUAAAGACGCGUCAGACUUUUUCAGAGACAGUAUACAAACCACAAUCGCUACCCGUGAUGCCGAACACAUUACACGUCCGGAUAUGCUACAGUUGAUGAUGGAUGUAAGAGGUAAAGAAGGUCGACGAGCAUUAGAUAUAGAAGAAAUAGUCGCACAGGCGUUUAUAUUCUUCUUUGGUGGCUUCGACACUACUUCAACCACAAUGUGCUUCGCCGCUCACUCGGUCGCGGUUAAUCCUGAUGUUCAAAUUAAGUUACGACAAGAAAUCGACAACGUUCUCGAAGAGUCGCGUGGAGAAGUAACUUACGAAGCGAUCAACCAGCUGGAAUAUUUAGAAGCGGUAAUAAACGAGACUCUCAGAAUGUACACACCAAUCGGCCUUUUGGAAAGAAUAUGCGAAACAGAUUACGAAUUACCGCCUGCAUUGCCAGGCGAGAAACCUUUCGUCAUGAAGAAGGGUAUGAUAUUUUGGAUCCCAACUCUCGCGAUUCAUUAUGACGAAAAGUACUACGAUGAUCCAGGAGAAUUUCGCCCGGAAAGAUUUUUGUACAAAAGGUAUCACAAUUCUCCAGUUUAUUUGCCAUUUGGAGCUGGUCCGCGUAUGUGCAUUGCCAACAGAUUUGCCUUAUUGGAAGUUAAAGUGUUGUUGUUUCACUUAUUGGCGCGUUGCGAACUGAAACCUUGUGCGAAGACCACAAUACCAAUGAGAUUCAAGAAAGAUUCAUCACUGGCACCGGAAAAUGGAUUCUGGUUGAAUAUUCAACGUAGAAGUGAUACGCAUUCUGAUCUUGAAUCUACAUUAAAUACCGGCAUUAAUUCUUAAGAAUACAGUGUGAACAGGAAAUAAAAAUACUUUCCCUCUAUCAAGAGGGAAAGAGAAAGAAUGAGAUAGAUAAUAGAUAUAAUGAAUUGAUAUAAUUUAAAGAAUAAAAAACCAAAAAAAUUUAAUCUAUUGAGAUAUCAUACUUGUAUUUUUCAAUUACGUGCAAUCGUAAUGAUUGGAAAUAAGAAAUUUUAGUCUUAAAAUAUAUCUCUUUUAAUAUCUUUCAAAAUAAAUACAAGUAAUAUCUUUGAUCCAUAAAAUAAAUUACUUGCGUACAAUUUAUACGAUUUGCUUGUAAUAUUGCGACUUUAGUAUGAUAAUUGUAUGAUUUGUAUACACAAGAAAAAUAACAAAGAAAUAUCACUUGUAUCAAGUGUAUAUAAUAACAGUUUAUAUAUCAGUAAAUAUCAUAUGGUUUAUGGAAGCAUUUAUUAAACGUACAAUUUAAAAACUUUUAUCAAAUUUUUAAACUAUUAUCAAAAACAUAGUCUUUGUUAAAGAUUUCUAUUACUUAAAAAAAGAAAAUAAACUAAAUAAUUAUUUUUCUUAGUAAUAGAAUAAUAUUUUUCUAUGUAUGUACCUUUCAAUUGAAUCUACAUUAAAUACUGGCAUUAAUUCUUAAAAACACAGUGUGAAGAGGAAAUCAAACUACUUUGUCUAUUAAGAGAGAAAGGAAGAGAAAAAGAGAAGAAAUAUAUUAAAUUGAUAUAAUUUAAAACAUACAAAACCAAAAAAGUUUUAUCUAUUGAGAUAUCAUAUUUGUUAUCUGUUAUUUCUCAUUUGCUUAUCGCAAUAGAUAAUAGAGAGGGAAAAUUUUAAUUAUCACAUAUUUUAUUAUUUCUCAAAUAACCAGAAGUAAUAUUUCUGAUUAAUGUAAUAAAAGUUGCAAUCUAUACGGAUUGCUUGUAACAUUGCGACUUUGUUCUGAUGCUAUCUACUGUUGGAUUGCAGCAUAAUGCCAAUACAUUAAAGAUAUAUUUGUAAUAUAUAAAGAAGGAUUAGUUCACGGAUUUCCACAAAAAUUUGUUUGAACUGUAACGUUAAAAAUAUUUUAAUUUAUGUAUAUUAAGGAAGAUAAUAAUGUACCCAUAAUAAUAAAAACACAAAAAUAAUUUGCCACAUAGAUCUUACAAGAAUGUUUUUGUAUCUUUUUCAAUUUUUUCAUAAUGAAAAAAUACAUCGAUUUACAGUA